AUGCCCAAAUUAAAUGCAAAGGAACAGAGCAGGCCGCCUGCCAUUGACACGGCCACACAGGCUGAAGCAUGGCCGCCGCAUUUAGACGCUUUGAAUCAAAUCAUGACACCGGUUCAACUGCUAAACGACGAUUCGCUGCAACAAGAGUUGGAUUUCUACACAAGGGCACAGUUUAAGCUGGCAGAUACGUCCAACACAGCUGCCUCUACAACAUCGACAGCAGCAGCAACACCUAUUAGCACGGCAACAGCUGGAGCUGCCUCUUAUUUUGACAGUUUGAAUAUUCCUAGUGAUCAGCAGCAGCAAGAUUACGAUACAAAUCAAUUCGCCGACAACUCUGCUAGCUUCGCCUCUUUGCUGUUUACUUCACAGCAACAGCAGCCAACCCAUUCAAAUGACGGAUCAUUGCUUUUGGCGCAUGAACCAAGGCCGUACCAACAGCAACCACUGUACUCAAACAACAGCACACCUGCUAAUUCAACGCCAAACUCCCCCAUAGUCCAUCUUGAUGUGCACCAUCAUCGGCAGCAACAGCAACAACAUUAUGUUGAGCAAAAUCAAGACGCUGACCGAUUCGCCGCCAUGUUUCUAUCCUCCUCUGCUUCAGCAACAGAGGCGGCACCUUCUUUAUCAAACGCACCCAUUGAACCUUGGACGAACAAGGAAAAAAGGACUGCAACACCACAAAAGUUUCGAUUCAAGCAGGACACCAAGCAACAGCAGCAACACCAACCACUAGACUCAAAACUGCUUUCCAAACACAAUAUGGAACAGGACAAGAAAUCUGGUAUCAAGCGUCCCUUAAAGAACAAACAGAAAGCAUCUACCGGCAGCACUGAAAAGAAGCCAUCGAGCCGCAACAGGACAUUGGACAGUGAAGAGGAUUCACAGGAUGAUUCACAGGACGAGAACGGCAAUUAUGACGCUGAGGAUGGUGAUGAAGAUGCACCCUUCAUUGGCGAUGGAGCCCAAAGUUACAGCAGUAUGGGAAGUAACAGUAGUCGAACAUCCCAGCCCCUGACGAAAGACGACAAACGGCGUCGAAACACAGCAGCGUCAGCACGGUUUCGUAUCAAAAAGAAGAUGCGCGAGCAAGCGCUGCAAAACACGGCUUGCGAAAUGACAGAUAAAGCACAGCGCAUGGAACAACGAGUGCAUGAGCUGGAAAGAGAGAUCAAAUGGUUAAAGGCGUUGGUAGUUGAAAAGAAUCAAGUAAGAAUAGAACAGCUAGUGCGUGAAAGGCCACCCGAAUCGACGGCAUUUUCUUCUCUCAACAAUAGCCAUGCCACGGCUUCUUCAUCUGCCUCAACUUCUGCAGCCUCCUCUUCCCGCAGAAACAGGAACCAAAUCAUGAUGAUGAUGGCAACGCCCAACAAUGACCAGCAACAAGAUAAUGCGGAUCAACAAGACGGGGAGCAGAGAGCAGGAAAAGGUCGACAUCAUGGCGGCCAACGGCGUCGAUCCUAA